AUGGGCUGCGCAGCGUCAGAUGCGUCUAUUCGAUCGCGAGACUGGGCUGUCAGAAGGAUGGGCUGUUCGGCGGAUUCCGAUCUCCAAGUUCCGAAAGACGACAUUCCUGUCUGCUCGCAGCGUAUGAGGACAUUUAUGCACGACAAUGCCCCUAUUAACCGUGCAGAAAGGGUCCAAAAGUGGUUCGAAAACCAGGCAAUGCCAGUGCUGGACGGGCCACUAUAUUCGCCGGAUGUGAACCCUGUUGAGAGCCUCUGGCUUGAGCGAGAACGCCGGGUCAACGAGAUCGAUCCUGACCUGAAGGACACUGCCGGGGAUCGUGAGGCCAUCAGCGCCCGACUUGCCAGCGCGAGAUCAGGGCACGGGCCGGGAUUCGCUCUGGAAAGAUGA